AUGACACCCACGUGUGCAGUCAGCAUCAGGAGUGGUUCGAAGAAAGAAAGAGACGGCCCCGUCCCGUCUCACGGGGUCAUGCAGACCACUCAGGACCCUCCACGUCAAAACAGCACAGGUAGUGCAAACAGUGAUGUGUAUCCGGAGCACCGAGCUGCAGAAUGGCUGUGCUUAAACUGUCAGACACAAAGAGCACUCUCAGGACAACUUGGGGAUAUGGGAAAAGUGCCUCCUCUUUUAGCACUGUCUCCAAAAUCUUCACCAAAGCACUCUGUUCCUCCUGAGCAAGCACACAAGCCUCUACCAUCAAAUCUGAAAACACAGGAUAAAGCAACUGAUCAAGUCAUAAAAAAAGAAAGUCCAAAAACUUCAGAUGACAAAGUUAGUAAAGGACAAAUGGAGAAAUCUGGCCAACUAGUAAGCAGAGAUAUGAAGGCUAUGGUUAGCCCACCUGUAUCAAGAGAUAUGAAGGCUAUGGUUAGCCCACCUGUAUUAAGCAAGGAAACAGAAGCUCAAGUGGUUUCUAAAGCUGCAGAGGUGCUACCCCUUAAAGACAGUAGACAAGAUGCUGCCCAAGACAUUCCAUUAGUGCCUAAAGAGCAGACAGAAGAGCAUCUGAAGCAUAAAGAAAAAAACAUUCCUAAGCACGAUUUAAUGAUUGACCUUUCAGCAACAACUUUGGAGAAACUGGAUGACAGAGAAGCAUUAAAUCAGAAAACAAAACCUGAAACAAGCAAACUCACAGAGCAGGAAACAGAAAAAGAAAAAACUGAAAAGGAAGAUGAUAAAUCAGACACCUCAAAUUCGCAACAACAGAAAAGCCCACAAGGUCUAAGUGAUACAGGAUAUUCAUCAGAUGGCAUAUCUGGUUCACUUGGAGAAAUACCAAGUCUAAUUCCAAGUGAUGACAAAGAUUUCAAUAAAGAACAUGUCAAAAAGGAGACCUUUUCCCAUGAGCUUAGCCCUUCAAGUCCAUCAGAUUUAGCCAAGCUAGAGAGCACAGUUUUAUCAAUUUUAGAAGCUCAAACAUGUGUUCUUACUGAAGAGGAAAAGAAAAAAGGCGUUGAUUUAUAUGGAAAAUAUAUCGGGCAGACCCAUGACAGACCUAAGACUAAGAUAUUACCAAUAACUCCAGAAUCCUACAGCUCAGAAGAUGAAGAAGAGAUUCGGAAAGAAGAGGAGGUGACAUUAAAAGACAUUAAAAGAAAUCUGGCUUCAAGGAAGGUCCAAAAGGAUAAUGUAAGUUCAGGAAAAGAUGUUACUACCCAUAGACGACAUGAUUCCCUGGAUGACAGCAGUGAAAGUGAAAAUUCACCUGUUCCACAAAGGAAAAGAAGGACUAGCAAUGGAUCAUCAAGCAGUGAUGAUUUCAAACAUGAUGACAGUCAAGGAUCUGGAGAUGAUGAAGACUUUAUUCGUAAGCAAAUCAUUGAAAUGAGUGCUGAUGAGGAUGCAUCUGGCUCUGAGGAUGAUGAGUUCAUAAGAACUAAAUUAAAAGAAAUAAGUGUUAAUGAAAGUCAGAAAAAAGAAAAUAAAGCAAAAGCAGUAACUGCAAAAUCCAAACGAUUAACAAAGAAAAGCAGUACAAGUUAUGAUGAAGAUGGAGUAAGACGUCAUUCAUGGCACGAUGAUGAUGAAGAGGAUGAAGAUGAGGAAACAUAUGAUGAGAGUCCAGAGUCAAAAUUUAGAGAAACUAAGAGCCAAGAAAGUGAAGAGCUUUCAGUUAGUGGAGGUGGAGGCCUUCGCAGGUUUAAAACUAUUGAACUAAAUAGCACAAUUUCUAAUACUUACCAUGAAAACUCUGGUAAACAGUCAACUGUACUGUAUUAUGAUGAGGAACCAGAACUGGAAAUGGAAAGUUUAACAGAUUCUCCAGAGGAUAGGUCACGUGAAGAAAGAUCUUCAAGUCUCCAUGCUUCAAGUUUCACCCCAGGUACAUCACCUACAUCAGUGUCAUCACUUGAUGAAGAUAGUGAUAGUAGUCCAAGUCAUAAGAAAAUGUCAGGAGAAAGCAAACAGCACAGAAAAGCUAGACACCGAUCUCAUGGGCCUGUUCUUCCAACUAUUGAAGAUUCUUCAGAAGAGGAUGAGCUAAGAGAAGAGGAAGAACUUUUAAAAGAGCAAGAAAAGCAAAGGGAAAUAGAACAACAACAAAGGAAGAGCUCUAGUAAAAAAUCCAAAAAAGAUAAAGAUGAACUACGGGCUCAGCGUAGACGGGAGAGACCAAAGACACCUCCAAGUAACCUUUCCCCUAUUGAGGAUGCUUCUCCAACUGAAGAAUUACGUCAAGCAGCUGAGAUGGAGGAACUCCAUAGAUCAUCCUGUUCUGAGUAUUCCCCUAGUAUUGAAUCAGAGCCAGAAGGUUUUGAAAUAAGUCCAGAAAAGAUAAUAGAAGUGCAAAAGGUAUACAAGUUGCCUACUUCAGUAUCAUUAUAUUCUCCUACAGAUGUAACUAAUGUUGCUAUAUCAGAAAGCAAAAAUGGUCAGCAAGCUCUAAAAAGUGCUGAAGAAGCAUAUGAAGACAUUUUGUAUAAGGCUAAACUGUACCGGAAUGAGAAAGAAACAGAGGACGUUUUUGAGAAAGAACCUUUAUAUGGGGGCAUGUUGAUUGAAGAUUAUAUCUAUGAAUCAUUAGUUGAAGAGAAUUACGAUCAAAACUUAGAUUCCAAUAUACUAUGCGCUCAGGAUCAGGAAUAUAGAGUAAAAGAGCUGAAACAUAGUUCAGCAGGAGACAUUUGCAGAGAUGUUGUUCAAACUAUUGCAAAUGUACAAGAUGAAUGUUUUACAGCAGAAUCAUUUCAUGCUAUUGUGCCUCAAGAAGAUAUAGUUUCAAGUUCCUACAUUGUUCCAGAAAGCCAUGAGAUUAUUAAUUUGGAUAAUACUGAUGAAAGACCACCCAGUGAUGCCAUUUCAGGUUUAUAUGACCUUAUAAACUGCCAAAAUGUACAGCUUACACCAGGAUCCAGUCCAACACAGACUAGAAAUGACUUUAGUGUUAAAGCUGAUGUAGUAUCUUCUGUUACCGUUGAAAUAGAUAAACCAAAAACUAUUUCUUCUGCUUCCAUGGAAUCUUCAUCCUUCAAUACAAUCCCUAUUCCAGAUGUUAAAAUAACACAGCACUUUACAUCAGAACUUGAAGAUUAUGUAGCCAUUGAAUAUGCUACAGAAAAAGCUUCUGAAAAUGUUAGUUCAGAAAGUACUGAAAUAUUUGUGAAUGACCAGCUUGAUUUCAGUGAAAGUGUGUCAUCUAAUGCCGACCUUCAAACUAAGUCAAAACCUGACUCAGUUGUAUCAGAAAUGGACUCUUCACUUAUUCAGACGGAAAUACAAUCUCAAGACAUUGAAAAAUCCAUUGCAGAUCAUAUUAUUAUUUCAGUACCUGAUAUUUCCUUGGAUGAAGUACAGAGUGGAUCUGAAAUUGUAAAAACAGAUUUGGACAAAUGUGAAGCAAAAAGCAAAGUGUAUGCAAAGGAUAAUGCAGUUAAUGACGACACAACUUCUGCAAGAAAAGAUAUUCAAAUAAAUACUGAAUGCACAGUGUCAACAAAGCACACAGUGACGUCCACAGCAGUUACAGAUACAAUAACCACAGCACCCAAAAUACCAUCAGUAAUAUCAACAGUUCCCUCUGUGACAUCAAAAGUAAUAUCUUUUUUUAGAAGCAUCCCUACUGACUCUCCUGUUCCCUUGACAUCUUCUACUCCUUCUCCACCUCCUCCUCCACCACCACCAUUACCUCCAGCUACUCAGCCUAAGCCAUCAGUGUAUUCAAAAAAGAGGCCUGCACCUAAAAUUCCAUCUACAGCAGCAACAACAAAAUCUUCUACAAUUGUAUCCAAUGUAGGAAGUGCUCAGGUAGCCUCAUCCUUUAAAAUCACUUCCCCUUCUCCAGCUAAAUCUCAUGCUGUACCCCCUCCGGUUCCUCCAAAGCCAUCUUCAAUUCCAGCUGGGUUAGUUUUCAGUCAUAGACCAGUGGAAACAUCUACACAUCAAAAGGUACCAAAACCUGUGUUUUCUGAACCCCAAGUUCCUAUGCAAAAGAAAGCAGAAGCACAACAAAAAACACCAGCACAUUCUUCUGCCACGCCUUUAACUUUAAACUUGGCUGCAACCACAGAUUAUGUGUUACCAUCUCCUACAUCUCCUCUUUCCCCUCAUUCUAAUAAAUCCUCACCCAGACUAACCAAACCCUCACAAGAAACAUAUGUUGUUAUAACAUUGCCAUCUGAACCUGGUACCCCGACUGACAGUGAUAUCACUCAAACAACAACAUGUUGGCCUCUGCAAACAUCGGUAAAUAAAAAAAUUCCACAAACUACAGAAACUGUGUUCUCUACUGCUCCUUUUACUAGAAGUAAGAACGUACCAGUAUCUCAACAAUCAGAUGUGCUUCAUAGCUCUCCUAAAAUAAUAACACAUGAAAUAAGCAAAUCCGUUGUCUUAUUACCUCAAUACACAAUCUCUGAAUUCCCUAGGAUUCCAGAAACUAUUCAUACUGAAAAGAAAAUGAUAGAGCAGAUAGAACAGUUACCUCAUACUGCAAAAGUUAAUGAAUCUAGUGAUGUAAUAGAUUUAAGUACUUUAACCAAGGUAGAUUACAAAAGCACAGAUAAUGAGACUGAUAGAUGUAUGGAUCUAUCUUCUGCAACACUAGAUGGAAAGCGUCAAUCUACAGCCCAUGGUGCACUCAGUCGGUCAACAAGUGCUGUCCAGCCUGCUAUAGUAAACCUUAGCACUGCAUCACCUGUUAUUUCUUCUGUUUUACUGGUUACCGAAUCUGUUACUCUCAUGACAUGUACAACAACUGUAAGUUACACAUCAAGUUUAGAUAGCCUUGUUGAUUUAGGGAAUUCAAUGAAAGAACCUUUACAACUGACAACUGCUAGACAGUUUGAAGAGGAAUAUGCAAGAUUUCCUGUGGAAACAGAAGUGCCAAUUAACUUAUCCAUGGGGGUUCCAGCACAUUCAGUGACAAAACCAGUCUCCGUUUCUUCAGGUAGUGUAACAGAUGACUGUAUUGAUAUAUCCACAUCUCAAGAAUCAGUAGACAGUGGUGUAGUUGAUCUUAGUACAACAAAAUCCCUUAGGACAAUAGUAACUAUGGAUGACACAACAUCGGCAAUUGUAACUGAAAUAGUUGAGGAUGAUGAUAAACCUGUGGACUUAACUGCAGGCAGAAAAGCAGUCUGUUGUGAUGUUGUAUAUAACUUACCUUUUGGAAGAAGUUGCAUUUCUCAACAACCAUCCACAACUUUACCUGAAGACCGAUUUGGCUACAGAGAUGACCAUUAUCAAUAUGAUCGUUCUGGGGUUUCAGGAUUUAGGGGGGUUGGGAGUAUGAAACCCUCGAUGUCUGACACAAAUUUAGCUGAAGCUGGACUAUUUUUGUACAAAAGCAAAAAUACUUUUGCUUAUCCUGUUGGAAUAGGUGAUGUUGCUGUAGACCUUACAUCUGGGAAAGUGACUUCAGGUGAGGCUUUGGAUUACCAAACCAAGACAUCAGGGGCAUAUCCAGAGACAAGACAAGUAAUUUCUGGACUUGGAAUAAGUGCACCCCAGUAUUCACAAGCACGGAUGACUCCUUCUAUAGUUCCACCAUAUGGUAUGGGAAGUGUCUUAAGGUCUUCUAAUGGAGUUGUCUAUUCAUCAGUAGCCAGUCCAGUGCCCUCAACAUUUGCCAUUACCACACAACCAGGAUCUAUUUUUAGUACAACAGUGAACGACUUAUCCAGCUUCAUUACUAGUGAUGCAAUAACUUCAUGUUUGAGCCAGACUCAGCCACUGCCCAGGACGUACAGUAUUUAUACUUCAGCAACAGGAGAUGUGACUGAUGUAAUGUCAGUGGUUGAAACUAGUUUACAAACAUUUCCUGUUGAGGUUGCUGCAAGCACACAUGCUGAUCUUGUUUCACUUUUGACAUCAGAGUCUGACACUUACUCUGAAAUGACUGAGGAUGAGGCGUCCUUCAUCAUGUCAUCUGAGGAUGGCAAACAACAGAACCUUAAUUUGCAGCGUGAAUUCCUAGAGCUGGAAAAACUAAAACAGCAGAGACUAGCUGAGGAAUUGGAAUGGGAACGUCAGGAAAUUCAGAGAUUCAGAGAACAAGAAACGUUAAUGGUUCAGCAAAAACUCGAGGAACUGCAAUCCAUGAAGCAACACCUGUUGUAUCAACAGGAGGAGGAAAGGCAGGCUCAGUUUAUGAUGAGACAGGAGACCUUUGCUCAGCAACAACUGCAUCUUGAACAGAUUCAGCAACUUCAGCAGCAACUUCACCAGCAGUUAGAGGAGCAAAAGUUGCGCCAAUUGUACCAGUUCAAUUAUGACCCUGACAGUGCUCCUCCUCAAACAACUUCUGAACAAGUGAUUUUAGAAGGCCAGUAUACAGCACGAGAGGAUGGACAGUUCUGGACUGAUCAUAUAGCAACUACAUCAACAGCAGUUGCAGGCAUUGAGGUUGCUCCAAGUGAAGCAUGGUAUACUGUACAAUCAGAUGGCAUUACACAGUAUAUUCAAAGGCCAGGCAUAUUUAGCUCUGUUUCAGAAAUGUCUUUAAAAGAUGUGGAGGUUAACGAGGAAAGGCAGCUGAAGAAGAGAAGUUCAAUGCCAAGAUUAAGUGGUAUGUAUGAUGAAUUAGAUGGUGCUAUACAGGAAGAACCCAGAUCUUACAAACUGAUAGUAGAUAGUGGAGUACAAACUGAUGAUGAGGAUGGAGCUGAAAACAGAUAUACAGGAAGAAGAAGAAGGUCCAAAAAGGGAGUUGAUACCAGUGUGCAAACUGAUGACGAGGAUCAAGAUGAUUGGGAAAUACCUGCAAGACAAAGAAGAAAAUCACGUGCUGGAAAAUAUCCUGAUGGAACAAUUGAUGGUGAUAAAUCUAGACCAUUUUCCAAAGUAUCUAGCAUUGCUAUACAAACAGUUUCUGAGACUUCAGUUCAAACAGAGCCACUAGGGACAAUAAGAACGCCUUCUAUAAGAGCAAAGGUUGAUUCAAAAGUUGAAAUAGUUAAGCAUAUUUCUGCUCCAGAAAAGAGUUACAAAGGAGAUAGCUUGGGUUGUCAAACUGAAACAGAUUCAGAUGGACAAAGUCUCCAGUAUAUGACUGAUGUAUCACAAAGAGAUAAACGACGUCCUACUCCUUUAGAAAUAGGCUACUCCUCACAUCUUAGGGCUGAUUCUUCUCUUCAGGUUGCACCUUCCCCUCCAAAAUCUCCCAAAGUUCUUUAUUCACCAAUUUCACCUGUUUCACCUAGCAAGGCUCUGGAAUCUGCCUUUGUUCCAUAUUCAAAGACAAUGUCUGAUGACAUGGACACUCACAAACCACAUAGUGAUAAUGUACAGAUUCCACCACCAAGUCCAAAAAGUGCAAAGAUUAUGCAACGCUCCUUAUCAGAUCCUAAGCCUUUAAGCCCAACUGCAGAAGACAUUGCUAGAACACAGUUCCAGUAUUCAGAUGGAUAUACAACAAAAAGCAUUCAAAGUGGUACUCAAAAGAAGGUAAAAAGAACACUGCCAAACCCUCCACCAGAGGAAGCUAGCAAUGGCUUGCAAUCGCCUUACAGCACUGUUGGAUCAGUUUCUAGAAGAAGAAUUUGUAGAACAACCACAAUGGCUCGUGCUAAAAUUCUGCAAGAUAUUGAUAGAGAAUUGGAUCUAGUUGAAAGGGAAUCUUCAAAACUACGCAAGAAACAAGCAGAACUAGAUGAAGAGGAAAAAGAAAUUGAUGCAAAACUGAGAUACCUUGAAAUGGGAAUUAAUAGGAGAAAGGAAGCUUUAUUGAAAGAGAGAGAAAAGAGAGAGAGAGCUUACCUGCAAGGUGUUGCUGAAGAACGUGAUUACAUGUCAGACAGUGAGGUCAGUAACACAAGACCAACCAGAAUAGAAAGUCAUAUUGGCAUAGACAGACCACAAACUGCCCCACAGCCAGAAUAUAGUGCUUAUUUACCACCACAAACUCAGGCAGAAACUCAGUUUGCUCCACAGACAAGCCCUUACACUCAGUACCAAUAUCAGACUCCUACUUUGCUUACUCAAGCUCCAACACAAUUUCCUCAGCAAUCCCACUAUCAGCCAUCAUUAUAUCAUCAACAGGUUUCAUCUUACCAAACUCAACCAGCUUUCCAAGCUGUGCCAACUAUAUCCUUUACUUCUCAGUCUACACCAACCCAACAGACUUCUUAUCAACAUGCUUCACAACUUUUACUAUUACAGCAAAAAACUAGACAAGGUGCAUUAGAUAUGGAGCCUACAAUUCCUUCACACUAUGAUGUUAUUAGAAACCAGCCUCUCAUAAUUACACCCGUUUCUACUGAUAGUUACUCUGUUUCUCAUCUUGGCAGUAAAUACAGUACUUUGGAUUUACGAUUAGGACUAGAUGAAAAAAGCAGCAUGGCAAGUAGUCCAAUGUCUAGUAUAUCUGCAGAUUCAUUUUAUGCUGAUUUAGAGCAUCAUGCCUCCAGGAAUUAUGUUCUCAUCGAUGAUAUUGGAGAACUUACCAAAGGAUCUGGGUCUUUGAGCUCUGCAUAUGGAUUACAUGAAAAAGAACUUUCAAAAACAGACCGUCUCCUUCGAAGUGUUGAAUGUAGAAGGACCGCUGAAGUAACAGACUUUUUAGCUCCUAUUUCAUCUUCAACCCGAUUACAUAGCUAUGGAAAAGCAGAAGAAGAUUCAAUGGAGGAUCCAUAUGAGUUAAAACUCCUUAAGCAUCAAAUAAAACAGGAAUUUCGAAGAGGUACAGAAAAUGUAGACCCCCUUGCUGGAUUUUCACCCUAUUAUCAUUCAGACAGUCUAUACAGACACUUCCCAAAAACAGAAAAAUAUAGCAUUAGCAGACUCACGUUAGAAAAACAAGCUGCCAAGCAGCUACCUCCUGCUAUUCUGUACCAAAAACAGUCUAAGCAUAAAAAAUCAUUAAUAGACCCCAAAAUUUCUAAAUUUUCUCCAAUUCAGGAAAGUCGAGACCUUGAGCCUGACUAUUCAACCUAUCUUUCUUCCAGCACAUCAUCAAUUCCAAGCAUAUCUACAAAGGUAAGAAUGCUUCAGGAUGAUAUUACAUAUGGCUUAAGGAAAAAUAUUACAGAUCAGCAAAAAUUUUUGGGCCCUGCCUUAGGUCAAACCCCUGGAUCAUCUCUUAAUACAAAUCUGAGAACUGCAUUGCAAGAUGAAGUUGAUAAACCUUAUGUAAGUGGUAAUAGAUCAAGACCUUCUUCUAGACCUUCAUCAGUAUAUGGCCUUGAUCUCUCAAUUAAGAGAGAUGUAUCAAGUUCUUCAUUAAGGCAGAAAGCCAAUGAGGGAGAGCAAUUAGAUGGGACAUUUAGCCAUGUAGCACCCUCAGGAAGAACAAAACCAUCUAGUCUUCCUAUUAGUCAAAGCAGGGGAAGGAUUCCAAUUGUAGCACAAAAUUCUGAAGAAGAGAGCCCAUUAAGUCCCGUUGGACAGCCAAUGGGUAUGGCAAGAGCUGCUGCUGGACCAUUGCCGCCAAUAUCUGCAGAUACCAGAGAUCAGUUUGGUUCUAGCCAUUCCCUGCCUGAAGUACAACAACAUAUGAGAGAAGAAACCAGGACUCGGGGUUAUGAUCGAGACAUAGCAUAUAUCAUGGAUGAUUUUCAACAUGCCAUGUCUGACAGUGAAGAAAAUUCCUUUAUUGAUGCCUAUCAUCUGCGUCGUGAAGAAACAGACUGGUUUGACAAGCCAAGGGAAUCACGCCUAGAUAAUGGACUUGACCGAAAAUUGCCAGACAAAUUUACACACAGCAGACCACCACAUCAGGAUCAAAUGAAUGGAAAACCUAUACAUUACCCAUUUCCUCAUUCAAGAAUUAAGCUUCAAAGAGAUCCAAAGGAUCACACUGUUUCAGGAAAUGGGUUUGGAAUAAGGGUUGUUGGUGGAAAAGAGAUACCAGGAGGUCAAGGAGAGAUUGGAGCAUACAUUGCCAAGAUUUUACCAGGUGGAAGUGCUGAGCAGACAGGCAGACUCGGUGAAGCAAUGCACAUUUUAGAAUGGAAUGGUUUCCCAUUAACUUCAAAGACAUAUGAAGAAGUUCAAAGUAUCAUUAGUCAAUCAAGUGGGGAAGCAGAAAUAUGUGUAAGACUAGAUAUCAACAUGCUAUCCAAUUCUGAAACGCCUCAGAACUUAGAGCUGCAUGAACCAGGGAAAGCAGUGGAAAAAACAAAGUCGCCUGGAGUGGAUCCAAAACAGUUAGCAGCUGAACUCCAGAAGGUUUCCCAGCAGCAGACACCUUCUGUUGUGUCUUCUGCAAUGGAGAAAGGAUCAUAUAUACAUUCCGGAACAACAUCAGCAGCCUCCAGUGCAGUCCCUAGCCCUGGUCAGCCUGGCUCCCCUUCAGUGAGCAAGAAAAGACACAGCAGUAAGCCCACUGAAGCUGUAAAAUCACACUCGCAUCCUAUUACUGGUGACAUUCAGCUCCAGGUUAAUUAUGAUAAACAUCUUGGUAAUCUCAUAAUCCAUAUACUUCAAGCAAGGAAUCUUGCUCCCAGAGAUAAUAAUGGAUAUUCAGACCCUUUUGUGAAAGUAUAUCUCCUUCCAGGAAGAGGCCAAGUCAUGGUUGUCCAGAAUGCCAGUGCUGAAUAUAAAAGAAGAACAAAAUAUGUACAGAAAAGUUUAAACCCAGAAUGGAAUCAGACAGUGAUUUACAAGAACAUCUCCAUUGAGCAGCUAAAGAAGAAAACUUUAGAAGUUACUGUGUGGGAUUAUGACAGGUUCUCUUCAAAUGAUUUUCUUGGUGAGGUGUUAAUAGAUUUAUCAAAUGCUGCCUUUCUCGACAAUAUGCCACGAUGGUACCCAUUGAAAGAACAGAGUGAAACGAUUGACCACACAAAACACCCUGGUCAAAGCAGUCAGCAGUCACCAAAGCCAUCGGUCAUUAAAAGCCGAAGUCAUGGAAUCUUUCCAGAUCCAUCUAAAGAUAUGCAGGUUCCCACUAUAGAGAAAUCUCAUAGCAGCCCUGGCAGCUCAAAGUCAUCCUCUGAGGGACACCUCCGUUCACAUGGACCAUCACGUAGCCAAAGUAAAGGCAGUGUCACUCAGACCCACCUUGAAGAUGCUGGAGCAGCCAUCGCUGCUGCCGAAGCAGCUGUCCAACAGCUUCGCCUUCAACCAACAGCACAUAAAAGCAAUCAGUGUAAUUAUGCCAGGAAUCAGCAUAGACACAGCAUAGCAGGAGUACUCCCAAUUCAAAGAACUCAGUCUGACAAUCUGCCUUCACCAGCAAAUGACAGCAAAGACCAAAGCCAGCUUGCACUCAAGAAGGUGAUGUCCGAUGGGUCCGUCAAGGCUGAAGCACGAACGACUCACAGGACUACUGAAUCUACUGUUUCUACAACUUCUUCAGCGAGUAGCUAUGUCAAUGGGUACAACAUGGAAAAUGAUGGCAACAAUACACAGGGAGAAAACAAUCUGUUUCAAGUUCCCAGAAUUGGAAAAAUGAAUCAAAAUGGACAAGACCAAACUGGAAUGGGCUUGACUGAAACAGAGGGUAAAACCCAAGUUAUGGGUGAAAUCAAAAUUGCUCUGAAAAAAGAAAUGAAGACAGACGGAGAACAGCUGAUAGUGGAGAUCCUACAGUGUAGAAAUAUAACAUAUAAAUUUAAGUCUCCCGACCAUCUACCAGAUCUGUAUGUGAAACUGUACGUCAUUAAUGUAGCAACUCAAAAACGAAUAAUAAAGAAGAAAACUAGGGUCUGUAGGCAUGAUCGAGAACCUUCAUUCAAUGAGACAUUUCGUUUUAGUAUGAGUCCUGCUGGACACUCGGUACAGAUUUUGCUUGCAUCAAAUGGAGGGAAGUUUAUGAAGAAAACUCUUAUAGGUGAAGCUUACAUUUGGCUGGACAAAGUGGACCUUCGAAAAAGAAUAGUAAAUUGGCACAAACUUUUAGCCAGCUCUGCUCAGACACACUGAACAAUACAAUUUGCUAGGAGCAACACAUCUGGAAUGAUUUUAGUUUCAAUGGAAUGACUGCCUAGAAAGCAAAGUUUGCACAUGUUUCAAGCCGUGCUUCGAAGUCUUUGUUGACAUAUUUUGCAGUCGAUGGGAAAUAAGAUGAUUCUGCUAAUAAUAAAUAACAACUUGUAGGGGCUGAGGAUAAAACUGGCUUGUAGCUAGAAGAUUGGUCAUGUUUUCAGAUUAGAGUAUAUAAGUGCUUUACUAGAUCUAUUAUGUUUCAUUCG